GGACUGGAAAGGCAGCCAGAGUUGGUGACGGGAAACAUCGGGCAAUUACGAAGCGCAUAUGACUCAGGUUCGUGAUCAACUGAAGGACAAGCUCAGAUUGCAAUUCGGUGAAGCGGUUACAUUCAACAGCGAGUUUCCUGCCAAGACGAGGGUGCUCCCAAACACUUGCAAUGUGUCUUUUCACGGGCGCAAUCGUCAAGGAUAUAAGAUCUUGGGAGCUUGUAAGAGACUGCAGGCCAGUGUAGGAGCUGCUUGCCAUUCCCAUGGGAGUGUGUCUAAAGUACUGCUCGCCUGUGGAAUACCUGCUGAGGAUGCCAUCAACGCGAUUAGGCUGAGUGUCGGCAGAGCCACGACUUUCCGUGAUAUAGAUGAGGUGAUUGUGGAUCUAUGUGAAGCCCUGCAAUCCAUCGAUCAACAUGCAGGUAGCUGAAUGCACUCACCUGUACAGGUGUGUCUAUGUGAAGCUCUACGAUGCAUCGAUCAACAUGCAGGUAGCUGAAUGCACUCACCUGUACAGGUG